AUGGCAUCUAAUCAACAGUCUCCAGAGGAACAGACUAUACCUGGUUGGAGUGGGUUCAAUGCCAUCACACACCCCACCAUUCCUGUGAAGACCAAUAUCGGCUAUCACCCAAUGAUCCAUGCAGAGUCUAGCAACUUUAGCACUCUUUACACCCUGAUGAAAAAAGAUAUGCGACACAAUGGGACAGCACGAUUCUGUAAUUACCUUUGAUCUUGCCCUUUACGCAAAAGCUAAGCAGCUACAAAUGAAAUACCCAGAGGAAUUUAAAAACACUGUGAUCAGAAUGGGGGGGUUCCACAUUGCCCUUAACUUUCUCUCUCUGCUUGGAAAGAAGUAUGCACAGUCAGGCUUGGAAGACUUACUGAUUGAGUCAGGGGUUUAUGCAGCUGGUACUACCUCGGUUUUGAUGCUUGGCAAGUCAUAUAACAGAGGUAUUCGUGCCCACAAAUUAACCAUGGAGGCGCUCUUCCGGUUGUUGUGGAAAGCCUUCCUAGACUGGCUGUCACGACAAGCAGUUGGUAUGGAUGACCGAGUCAGACAAAGUGUUGCUGACCAAAGCAGGGAGUGUCGGAAUACAGUGAGACAGGAUUGCUUCGUUAACGAUGCCUGGAAAGCAUUUCAAGGUUGUGUUAAUCCUCUCAUGACACUGUUUGAGUGGUUCAAAUCUGAAGGCAGAGAAAAGUCCAAAGUUUUUAGUUUCUGAGAAGGAUACAUUAAUAUGGUACUGCUGCUUCUGCAGUUUGUUAAAGCUGAACGAACCGGAAACUGGAAACUCCACCUCUCCGCCACAACAGAAAUGGUUCCCCAUUUUUUCUCUAUGGACAGGGUCAACUAUUCCAGAUGGCUUCCAGUCUAUCUCUCUAACAUGCACAUGUUGCAGUUAACUCACCCCGCAGUUCACCAAGAGUUCAUUGCUGGAAACCACAGUGUAAGCCGCUCUAACCAACCAUUUGCGUAAGUUUGGCCGGAUAUGGCCCUGGAACAAUCAAUUAACCUUGAUACCAAGACAAAGGGGGGCAUAGUUGGAAUGAGUACGAACGAAGAUGCUGUAGACCGAUGGUUCUUAACCAUUCACGAGCGAGCAGCCAUGACACAUGCACUAAAGGAGAUGUGUGGUCUAGAAAACUGCGACCGCAUUGGGACAACAAGGAGGCUGAAGCCACAAGAGUGAGCAGAGAUGAGAGAGACGUACAGAAGUUGUUUGAAACCUUCAAGAGUGGUCUCCUCAGUGACCCUUUUCAGAUUCCAGAAGAAAUCUCAGAAGAGGAAAUACCCUUAACCUUAAGUAAUCUUGCCACUGGUGUUGUUCUUCCAGGCGCAGAUGGAAGCAUUCUUCUCAACGCAGAAGAGUUAGGCAGAAAAAGCAUGGAAACCUUUCUAUCAUCGCCAAUCCAGAGAAAUGAAAUAAAUUUCUGGGAUCCAAUCCAGCGGCUGAAGAUUAAAACAUUCAGUUCUGUGGCAAAGAAAGUUGCAGUGAGCAAACAGAAAGAUAAGACUGUAACUGUUAAUGCUGAUUGUGUGCUUUUUGGUCGCCUUCUGGUUGCUGCAAGGAACAGGGAUAUUGAUCUCAAAGAGGUUCUUUCUUAUGAACUUUGCAGUGUACCAGUCGCACUUGUACAUCCUGAUGGCAGCCUCAGGAAGACGACAAAAAGCACCCUAAUGCAUGUCCUUGAAAACAAUGUUACGUGUAGAUCAAGCCUACCUUCAUCACAGCACCCUACAGCAUGUCUAAUUGAUGCGAUGGCUCUUAUUCAGAUGGUUAAAUCAGCAAGGUCUGCGACAUUUAGCCAGUUAUCGCAGAAAUACCAAGACAUUGUCACUAGUAAAUUCCAUCAGAACAGUCACACCAGAGUAGACCUAAUUUUCGACCAAUAUAGGCCUGUCUCAAUUAAGGCAGGGGAACGCAGCAAGAGAGGAGAAUCAAGCUCGUUUGACAUCAACAUCCACAGUGGAUCCACGCCAGUACCAAAGCAGUGGUCAAAAUAUAUCUCAAACCCAAAGAACAAACAAAACUUUGCCGCCUUUCUCUGUGAGUCGUUAACAAAGAACUUACCGGCAUAUUUAGGCCCUCGGCAGAAGGUCGUCCUAGGAGGAGGAUUCAAGGAUGGAUUAAAAGCAGUGUGUCUAACUAGUGGUUCCGCAGUUGUUGAGCCAAAUCUACGUUCGGAUCAUAAAGAGGCAGAUACAAGACUUCUGCUUCAUGCCAAACACGCUGCAGCCACUCAUCCACGCAUUGUGAUACAAUCACCAGACACUGAUGUUACCGUACUUUCAGUAGCACAUUUUUCAGAUUUAAACUGCCAGGAACUGUGGUUAAAAACAGGCGUCAAAGACAGACUGAGAUACCUACCUGUCCAUGAGAUUCAGGCUUCCUUGGGGGAAUCUCUUUGUAGAUGUCUUCCAUCGUUCCAUGCACUGACUGGUUGCGACUCUACAAGUGCCUUCUCUGGAAUAGGGAAGAAGAAGGUGUGGAAGGUACUGCUGACGAAAGAACAGAUGCAACGUGAUCUCUGUACUCUAGGACAGAAUCCUGCCAUACACGAGCCUGCGCAAAAGGCUGCUGAGUCUUUUAUCUGCUCCCUUUACACUUCUGCGAAGAACUUUUCAAAUGUAGACGACGUUAGAUAUUUUCUUUUUUAUCAACGAAAUUUGAAAAGUGAAGACCUGCCACCGACUUCAGAAUGCUUGUCUCAUCAUAUCAAGAGGGCUAACUUCCAAGCCUUUGUUUGGAAUAGAGCUUUGGUUCCACUUCAGAACAUUCCCUCGCCAGACGAACAUGGAUGGAAGCUGGAAAAUGGCAAGCUAUUCCCUGUUCUGAUGACAAGAAGUCCUGCCCCAGAAGGCAUGACGGAGCUAACAACAUGCCACUGCACAACUUCAGAAUGUAAACGUAGUUGUUCCUGUAGGAAAAGUAACCUCCCUUGUACGGAGGCCUGUUUAUGU